UGUUUACAUUAAUGCUGUAAUGUACUUCCUUCUUGGAUGUUUAUAAAACAGCGCGUCUAUGCGUGUGCGCAUACCCGUCCAACAUGUCUGCAACAAUUGUGUUGAUGGUCUCUGUACUUGCUUUGUGGGUUCAACCUUCGAUUCAAUGGAGCGGACAGAUAUGUCCUUACUCCGCGGUUCACUACGAGAGCCGGCGAGCUUACUGUACAGCACGUUGUUGGUGGUGGAGGUGCUGUGCCCAUGCAUAUGUAAACGAACCCGUUUAUACAUGGCGUUAUAAGUGCUGUCCCGGGUGGACUCACAAUGGAAAUGAAAUCUGCAACAUACCCAUCUGCUAUCCCCCGUGUGCUUAUGGUGGUACUUGCACGAAGCCAGGAACGUGUCUCUGCAGGUCAGGAUAUCUUGGAACCAGAUGCACCGGGCUCGACUGUAACAAUGAACGGCCAUGCUACCCGGGGGACUGCCAAGGCAAUGGUGGGAACGUCGUGUGCAACUGCAUGCAGGACUUCAAUGGACAAUUUUGUGUACAUCUGAAAGAUACCCAAACUCCGGAGGUCACACAGAUACGGGCACAGUUUUCCUACUGGAAAGAUGAAGGACAGGCAAAGAGAGAGAUAUUCGGAUUUAUAGCCGAUGGCACGGACAAGACCGAAGAAGUCAUCGUAUGGACAAAUCGACAACAACUGAACAACCUGAGCGUCACCGCCAGUGCUAUGUUCAAAGGCCGAGAUCUACCAUAUCCCCCUCCUUCCUACAUCAGUGAGGCUAAAACAGGAAUUGCCAGAGCCUAUUUUAAGCUUAGCGGACCGACUUCAGUCUCUGAAGACGAGGAUAUUCAAUGCAGUGAUCCAGUUGGCCCCGAAAUUCCCAAAGAGAGGAUCCAAUGCUCCUUUACAAAAUAUUAUACCUCCUACUUGACAGAUGGGGACAGGUUGUCCUUGACCUUCCGAGUUUCAAGUGGUGGCUUCCGGAAGCUAGUCGGAACAGAUACUACAGCCACACAACACUAUACCGGAGAGGAUGCUGUCAGCACUGUGGCCUUCCACGUUGACACGGGUGAACCGGUGUACAACAGUCCCAAUGAUGCUUUUCAGAUUCACCCAGAAUUCACAAAGCAACCUAUCACAAUGGCAUGGGAUGGCUGGACUGAUGCCAGAUCCGGUAUGGACAAAUACACAUGGGAAGCCUUCAAACUUGAACCCACUGGGAAUGGAAGCUUGACGGAAGUAGACAAACUGAGACCUGUUGUUCACAGACAAGUUUACCACACCGAUCCCAUGUCAUAUCCUCUUCCCUAUGCCCCCACAAGACCAGGGAUGUAUUCCUUCAUUCUUGAAGCCAUGGACAAGGCCAAUAACUCUGUAUACAUGAGAAGGUUUGCACUGUACGACAAAGAGUCAGAAGUGACCACUGAUCCAAACCAUGCCCUGUUCAUAUCAUCUGCUGUACAAGACCAGGGCUUCCAGUGGAUGACCGAUGCCUCCAAGCCACUAGUGAUCAACUGGCAAAACCAUUUUCUCAAUUAUGUCCAUGAAAGUGGUAAAUUCCUCAACACCAUCCUCCCCUUCAAGGUAAAGGUUGUAGAAAACCCAAUCAUCUUCAAGGAAGUGCCUUAUGCAAAUGAUGAUCAUUAUGGCAGAAGAACUACAGCAGCUAUCCCCAAUGUACGUGGCAUUGUCAGGUUUCAGUGGACACGUGCUGUUAAUACGACUGGAGGCAGAACGCUACAUACACCACCCAACUGGAAUGAUGCCUCUGGUCUGGACACAACAAUGCAGUCGCCAUUCUUUGGCAAUGUUACCAGCGGGAGCACCGUUACCGUGUGGAUCAGAGCCAGGGACAUCCUCGACAACACGAAAGUGGACUCGACAAGUGUAACUUACGACUUUACUCCACCAAGUUUCAAUGGGAUGACAUUCCACAAGAACGAGAGAUCCAACGUUCACUUCAGCUCUGGAUUAAUGGUGACCGCACGCGAUGCCGAGAGCGGAAUCGACCGUAUUGAGCUCAAGGUCUUCAAUAAUGAAGAUAGUAGCCUACUGAAUACGAAGAAUGUAACCAUUAGAUCCGUCAGUCCGCAUGCCUGCACAGACAGAGAACAUGAUUGUUACUGCCCUAACGCCCUGAACGUGUGUUACAAACGGAUAAGCAAAGUCUACAUCAGCAACUGCUGGCUUAUGGUGGCCAAGAACGCCCUCAAAGAGGCCGAGGUUCGGCUGCAUGUACGCGUUGUCAACAGGGCGGGGCUGAAGUCAGCCAACCACGAGGAACAAGUGGUGACGAAUUUGUUGGAGCUAAACGGCACCACGUCCUAUUUAGCACCUUCAAACGUGAGGACCAAACGACUGACUGCAACAUCUGUUCGUGUACAGUGGGAUCACGCCCCUACUUGCCACGAACGCACAGUUAUAACAAUCACCUACCACACGGAAUCCGGGCCACGCCAUGUCGUCACCGUGUUCAAAGACGAUACAUCGUAUGACCUCACUGGCCUUGAACACAACAAAGCAUACAAGGUCAUGGUGACAGCAGGGUAUGGCACAGAGCAGAGUACUGCUAACGUUGCAUCCGUCGCCACAGCGGAGGACACGACUACGACUGCUGCAGCUCUAAGUGCGGGGGGUAUAGCUGGAAUCAUCGUAGUACUCCUGAUAAUACUGGCAGUCCUAGGAGUCGGGUUCUUCUUGUGGCGGACGGGAAGAAUAUCGACACUGAUCAAAGGACGUCAGAAGAGGAACGCUGAACGUGAGGAUCACGUGGCAGGAACGGUGACCAAUAACCUUGGCCCUCACAAGGACAGGGCGUGUGUCGAGAACAAAACGUACAGUCCCGAGGAGGACAUCUACCUCUACGGCGGCAUUACGUUCACGACGAAGCAGCCAUGGUACAUCUCGAAAGAUCAGCUGACACAGAUGGAGGAGAUCCAAACCGGAAGAUUUGCACGGAUUUUCAAGGCUGCUUACAAGACUGGCAGAAAAUCGCGCGAGGUUGCGGCCAAAGCUCUGAAAGACAGUCCUAAUGAGGAAAAUAGUUUACUAAUGAUGGCCAAGAUCAACUUUGCUGCCACAAAGGUCGGGGAACAUCGCAACGUGCUGAAAUUCGUCGGUGCAGUUGUUGAUAAUGAUGCAUUGGGCCCAGUUUUGGUGUUGGAGUACUGUGAAAAUGGACCGAUGGACAAGUGGCUGACCUCUCGUCGGGACAAAGUGAAACUGGACAUUCUUGAGCAGAUUCAGAGAUUUGCCUUAGGCGUUGUCCGGGGCAUGGCGUAUCUAACGGGUAAAGGGAUUGCCCAUCGCAAGCUGGCUGCUCGCAACUGUCUCUUGACCUUCACAAAUGAGGUGAAGGUCGGUGGAUUCGGACCUUGUCGCAUGGAGGACGCCAGUGCAGACGAAGACUCCAAGGGGGAUCGAAUCCCUGUGAAGUGGACGGCUCCAGAGUGUCUUCAAUCUCUGAAGGGAGCCAAUGAGAAGAGUGACAUCUGGUCCUUUGGGAUCACUAUGUGGGAGAUCUUCAGCAUGGGCAAGAUGCCCUACACUGACAUGCGGAGCCGGGAUCUGCCAGCCGACUUGAGGAAUGGUUACAGACUCGCGAGGCCGGACUAUGCUGAAGAUAUUCACUACAGCAUGAUGCAAAGCUGCUGGGAGCAGAAGCCAGAGGACAGGAUUACCUUCGCGGAUGCGCUGGGGAAACUGGAGGCGUCAUUCGGCCUCAGACCGACUUCUGGAGUUCUGUAUUACUACUCCAAAUAGUAACUGCAGGAAUGACAGACAUUGGAAGCAACUAAAACAAAUGUUUUCUCCAUUAUGAGAAUAGAAUGAUCUUUUUAUUUUUCAUUAUAUUCCAAGUACAUUAGUAUGUUGCUACUUAUGUAUUAUUUAGAGUAAGUUGAGGUCAUUUUACUCUCGCUAUGUUUUAUUUUGUUCCGCAUUCCGUCACAUGAAAAUAAGUAUCCAAUUUGUAAAAACAGAAACACAACUUUUUGGACUAAAUGUAAACACAAGGAAGCAAAAUUGAAUUGUAAAAAUAUUAUAUUUGUCAGUGAAUAUUGCAAAAUGUUCAAUUUCACUGUUGACCAAUCAAUCGCUAUUGUCGUUUAUAUCACCCAUUCCGUUUAAUAUAAUUGGAUAUAAUACAUGAUAGGAUAUCAUUUAUUAUACUUUAUUGCAUAUUUUAUUAUCGCAAACAAUAAGAUAUACAGUAACACUUGUCCAGCAUCUUCACCACAGAUGCCGUUAUGUAUUGCACUGGAAGAAAUAUAUUCAAAGUACCUUUACUUAUUGUAAAGUAGUGUAAAUCACUUCACAAGGGUAAGUAACCGUGGAAUAUGCGACAUUUACAAGCCUACAUAUUUUUUGCAAAUAUAACAUCAACCAGCCUUAACAUACAUUUGUCUUAUUACAAAUUACCUUUCGUUAAAUUGUGUCUAAAUUUACAUACAGUUACAUAAAUUAUCAUCUGUAUUUUAAAAGCGUUGUAAAUUUAGUUGUUUAUUCUAGAGUUGGCGUCUGUGGGUAUAUUACCAAUUUCACAUCAAUUUAUAUAUUUAUAAUUUAGUCCAUAUAACAAAUUGCUAACAUCUUAAACUCUUACUAUGUGGUUUUGAAUUUAUUCAGAUGUGUAGCUACUAUCUAUUUACAUGAUACCGAAACCAUCGUUACCAAACAGAAGAGUUGCAUUCCGUAUUCAAUAUGAAUAAAGGGCCCAAGUUGCCAAGGUCAUAAUUCCAUUUGUCGUAUCAGGAUCUGCUGAUACUGGGUUCGACUCUACAUGACCUACUUUACUGGGGCAUGUCCUCCUAUGUUACGCUAACCCAUCGUGAUGUAACUGAAAUGCUGUUCAAAGCAGCCUUAUUAUUAAUUACCAAUAUAAUAUUAAUAAUUUCCACUAGUAUCCUCAAAGUGUAAUAGAAUAAAGUUGGGUAAGUAAAGUCAAUGGUCUUCACAGGGAGCACCGAUUUUGCAAGAAAUGUUAGUUGACGCAUGCAUACAUAUGGACAGACUAAACAAUAACAACAGUUAUACCUUAUUUCAGUGUACUGAACAUUUUUUAUACUGCUUGUUGAAUUCAUAAUAAUUCGGUAUACAUAAAAAGUGUGUAACGUGUCAACAGUCAUUACUUAACAUAUCCUCCAUGGUAGCCAUGUUGAAAUGUCUUUUUGGCAAAAUAUACAACCAUUUAUUUAAAAUGUAUAAACAUGAAGGGCAAUGUAUUUUGGAGUCUCCUUGAACCACACUGUUGGCCAAGUUGAAAUUGGUUGUAAUCAAAUUCGCUCACAGAAUUCUCCAAUGCUAUAUUUUAAAACAUUUAUCUGUUUUUUGUCUCGUUUGUAGUGAUAGCGUUCCAGUUAAUUUAUGUAUAAAUAACAACUUAUAUGCUAUAUAUUCCGUUUUGUUCUAGUUUUUGUUUGUUGUUGAUCCCGACUAUAUUACGACGUGUAACGUACGAAGUUGCUUAAUAACUUAUCCUUCAGCGCAGUACAUUUGAUUUUGUGUAGAUCUUAGUGGAGUUAAGCUGUUAUCAUAUAUCUGUCCCUCCGUAUAUUUACCAACAUCUGUCUAUCUGUGUUUAUCGUUUAUGUAGACUUAUUUAUCAACUCUAAUGAAAGAUAAGGCUCAAUAACGUCUCCUUCAAUAAAGUACAUAUAAUUUUGUGUAGUCCUUAGUUGAAUAAAGAUGUCCUCAAA